UAUCUAUCUUUCUGUCUAUCUAUAAAUCUAUCUAUUUGUGUGUGUGUGUGUGUGUGUGUGAGAUGGAUGCCCCUCCCGGCUCUCUGGAGGCGCUGCUGGCUGCGUUGCACACACACCUGCUGGAGUGUAAGGUCUGUAUGGAGACGUUUAGCUCCGACGCGGACGAAGACCCUGACCGCCGCCCCAUGAGCCUUUGCUGCGGCCACGUGUUAUGUGGCGAGUGUGUGCGUCUCCUGACCGCUGCUGGACGGCCGCUCCACUGCCCCUUCUGUCGUCUCCCUGGCGACCCGACACGCAUCUCCGCGUGCUGGCCGCUGACUGACCUGCAGGAGCUUCUGCAGGAGCAUGAGGGCCCCAUGGCCCCAGGCUCACCACUGCCACCUGGUGGUGUGGAGGGGCAGGACGGUGCAGGGGAGCUGGGCCGCAGGACGGCGCUGGACCAGGGGACACUGCAGCUGGUGCGGGCGUUCGGUGGCUGGGGCACGCUGGUCAACCCCACAGGCCUGGCGCUGUUCCGCUCGGGUGCGCUGGCUGUGGUGCAUGAUGGGAAGGCGCGGGUGGUGGUGUUUGGCCCGCGCGGCCGUCGUCUCCACUCGUUCGGACAGAGACGCGAGGCCGCUGGCGCAGCUUGGACGGGGCUCACACACCCGCUGGGCGUGGCCGUGCUACCUGGAGGACAGGUGGCGGUGACGGACGCUGGAGACGCCGCGCUAAAGGUGUUCACGUCGCGUGGCGGGCCCGUGGCGGAGGCGCGUGAUUGGCUGCGCGUGCCGUGGGGCGUGGCGGUGAGUGCCGAUGGAGGCGUACUGGUGGCAGACGAGCAGCAGGGGGCUCUGGUCCAGCUGAGAGUGGACGUCACCAGCGGGCAGAUCAGGGGCCACACCGUGCUGCUGGAGGGGCUUCAGAACCCUCGGGCCGUCGCCUGCUGCCCGUGCACGGGGCACAUCGCUGUGGUGGAACACCUCCAGGGCAAUCCACACACACACACCCCACAACACACCAGCAAGCACAUCAGCUCUCCAGAGGACUCACACACCCUUACACACACACACACACACACCCAUGUGAUGAGCACACGGCUGAAGCUCUACAGCGAUGACCUCACACUGCUGACUCAGUUUGACUCUCUCAGCCUCGGUCUCCGCACAGGAAGUCCCGCCCCCCCUCUCUGCCUCACCGCCGUGACUUUUGACCAGGCAGGCAACCUGGUCGCUGCAGACUCGCGUGCUGCCGUGGUGUGGUGCCUGGGCCGGCCGUGGGAGGACCGGCGACUGACCCUGACGCCGCUGGUCAGAGAUGGACUCAUCCGACCUGUCGGGCUGGCAGUUAGAGGAGAUUCGCUGGUGGUGCUGGACAGUGGAGACCACUCAGUAAAGAUGUACUCCAGCCAGCUGCACCCAGACACCUAGAGACCACACAGCACCAGAUUACAGCACCACACAGCACCAGAUUACACCAGAUUACAGCACCACACAGCACCAGUUUACACCAGAUUACAGCACCACAUAGCACCAGAUUACAGCACCAGUCUACAUUAGACUACAGCAGAUUACAGCACCAGACUAUAGCAGAAUACAGCACCAGACUACAUCAGACUACAGCACCAGAUUACAUUAGACUACAUCACCAGAUUACUGCACCAGACUACAUCAGAUUACUGCACCAGAUUACAGCACCAGACUACAGCAGACUACAGCACCAGACUACAGCAGAUUACAGCACCAGGCUACAUCAGACUACAGCAGAUUACAGCACCAGACUACAUCAGACUACAGUGAGGCAGUGCUCUGAGUGGACCCAGUCCAGGCGUAGUACUUCUACUCAUGUGAUAUUGUUUUUCUUCUUACUUAUCUUAUACAUUACUUACUUAUCUCAUUAUGUUAGUCAGACCUGUGUAUCCCUGGGCCCCUUUCUAUGUUUUAACUGUUUUGCCCAACCUCUCUUUUGCCAUGUAAAGCACUUUGGGUCAACUCCUGUUGUUUUUUAAAUGUGCUCUAUAAAUAAAAGUGACUUGACUUGGUACCUGUAGCACCAGAUGAGGGCCAGAACCAUCUGCUGGAUACGUGCCAGGUCUGAGGUCCGGAUCACGUGCCUGGUGUGAGGUGUGAGGACAGCCAAUCAGCUGUGGAGUCCUGCUCCAUAACCGAAGUGCUCAGUGCUGUAUGAUGUGUUCACUGCAGGAGUGGAAGGGAACGUUCUCUAAACUGUGCUCAUGUUCACAGGUUUGAUCAGUAAAGCUCAGUGUGCAAUCA